CCGGGUGGCCAGGACGUGCCCCGCGCCCGGUCCCCGGAGCCGGGGCCGCGCGGGGGCGGCGCCCCCAGCCCCCGGGCCCCCGCCCUCCACGGGCCGCCCCCGCCUCUCGUCCUCACCCGGCUCCCGGCCGGGCGGAGCCGCUCUUGGCCUUUUUUGGGCGUCUCCCUGCUCCGAGCCCAGGCUGGACGGGCUGUCGGGCGCGGCUGGCGGCGGUGGCGGCUGCGGCGGAGCGAGCCGGGAGGAGACCCCGGCCCAGCGUGCGCGGCCACCAUGACGGGAAGCAACAUGUCGGACGCCCUGGCCAACGCCGUGUGCCAGCGCUGCCAGGCCCGGUUCGCCCCAGCCGAGCGCAUCGUCAACAGCAACGGAGAGCUCUUCCACGAGCACUGCUUCGUGUGCGCCCAGUGCUUCCGGCCCUUCCCGGAGGGGCUCUUCUACGAGUUCGAAGGCCGGAAAUAUUGUGAGCACGACUUCCAGAUGCUGUUUGCUCCGUGCUGUGGAUCCUGCGGUGAGUUCAUCAUUGGCCGUGUCAUCAAGGCCAUGAACAGCAACUGGCACCCCGGCUGCUUCCGCUGUGAGCUGUGUGACGUGGAGCUGGCUGACCUGGGCUUCGUGAAAAAUGCGGGCAGGCACCUGUGCCGCCCGUGCCACAACCGUGAGAAGGCCAAGGGCCUGGGCAAAUACAUCUGUCAGCGGUGCCACCUGGUCAUCGACGAGCAGCCCCUCAUGUUCAAGAAUGAUGCCUACCACCCGGACCACUUCAGCUGCACCCACUGCGGGAAGGAGCUGACGGCCGAGGCUCGGGAGCUGAAGGGUGAACUCUACUGCCUGCCGUGUCACGACAAGAUGGGCAUUCCCAUCUGCGGGGCCUGCCGCCGGCCCAUCGAGGGCCGUGUGGUCAACGCCUUGGGCAAGCAGUGGCACGUGGAGCAUUUUGUCUGUGCCAAGUGUGAGAAGCCAUUCCUGGGGCACCGGCACUAUGAGAAGAAGGGCUUAGCCUACUGUGAGACCCACUACAACCAGCUCUUUGGGGACGUCUGCUAUAACUGCAGCCACGUGAUCGAGGGCGAUGUGGUGUCGGCCCUCAACAAGGCCUGGUGUGUGAACUGCUUCUCCUGCUCCACCUGCAACAGCAAGCUCACCCUCAAGAACAAGUUUGUGGAGUUCGACAUGAAGCCCGUGUGCAAGAAGUGCUAUGAGAAGUUCCCGCUGGAGCUGAAGAAGCGGCUGAAGAAGCUGUCGGAGCUGACCUCUCGCAAGGCCCAGCCCAAGGCCGUGGACCUCAACUCGGCCUGAAGGCCUGUGGGAUUGCGGCCAGCUACGCCCCACCGGCCCUCUUCUGCGCUCUUCGCCUUUUGGGCUUCCGGGCCCGCCCUCCACCAAAGCCCCUCCCCUUCCGGGAUGCAGGUCCCACCCCUCUAAGCCCCUCCCCCUUCCUGGCUGCCGGGUCCCUCCCUCCCACUUCUCCGUUGACUGCCCCUCCCUUCUCUCUGUCCCGGUGCGCCAGGUCCUUCCCUCUUUUCCCGUAUCUUCAAGUGCUCCAGCGUCUCCUCUCCGGUGCCUGGCUCCUCUGUCCUCUGUCCUGUGUCCCGGAGGUGGGACGUCCCACGAGGCUCUCUCCCGACAGCCACUUUCCCUGCACCCCUGGCCUUCAGCAAACCACCUGCCACAGGCUUGACCCACAGCUAUGCCUUUCCCCAGGGUGGUCCCCUUGUGUGCACCUCGGGCCCCACUAGCCGGGGCCAUAACAGAUGGAGGCCUCUGGGGGCCCCUUCUCCAUUCCUCACCACUCACUCAACCCUGGGCCAGCACAUCCUGCCCCUCCCACCUACAGACCGGCUGGAGGGACAAGGACCCACUCCCUUAUGUCACCCGGCAAUCGUCCUGAAAUCCUACCCCAUGUCAGAUCCUCCUCUUCCAGGGCUGGUGUGGAGGCUUUGGGUGAGGCCAGGAGCCAGGAGGUGGUGGGGUUAGGGGUGGUGUUCCCCCUUCCAGGGACGGCCCUUCCUCCAUGUCCGGUGCAGACCUGGCGUUGGGGUGCACGCUUGCACAAUGAAGGCUGUCUCACACCA